AUGCCCUAUGAAUCUCUCUUGAAGGGUUAUGAGAACUCUGAGCCGCUUCCUAACACCCACAAUUCUGACGGACGGUCGUUGUUUAAUCCUCCGGGUCCUCUCUCCGCUGCGUAUGAGCAGUUCCCUGCUCCAAUACAUAAUUCGAGCAAUGGCUUCGACUUCCACAUAUACUACAUGCAAUGUGUCCCAGCGCAGCUCGAGUAUGCCAGGUUAUUACACGAACGAGUUCGAAGAGAAUUUCCUGAGCUACAUGUCUUCAAGUUCUUUGAAGAACCCAUCGGUCCUCACCCGACGGCCAUGUUUGAAGUCAAUACAUUUAGCCCGCACCAGACCGGUGCUUUCUUCUCGUGGUUGACAGUCCAUCGUGGCCCAUGCUCCGUGCUGAUACAUCCGAAUACGGGCGAUGUGUAUAGGGAUCACACAGAGCUCGUAACAUGGAUGGGAAACCCUUGGCCGCUAUGGACCGAGCACCCCGGUCUCGUAAGGAAGGACUUAUCAGAGGCCCUGUAG